ACAAACUCUCUUCUGUGGAAACGAAACUGAUAUGAGUCUCUGUGUCGUCUGUCUGUGUGAGAGUGAACAACCGUCCAAAUGGCUCAACAGGGAGAUCUGCUGGACCAGGACCAGUUCUGUUGUUCUGUCUGUCUGGAUCUACUGAAGGAGCCGGUCACUACUAUCUGUGGACACAAUUACUGUAGAAUCUGUAUUGAGGGCUGCUGGGAUCAGGAUGAUCUGAAAGGGGUCUAUAGCUGUCCUCAGUGCAGAGAGACCUUCACUCCAAGGCCUAAUAUGAGGAAAAAUAACAUGUUGGCUGAGCUGGUGGAGAAACUGAGGAAGACAGGACUCCAGGCUGCUCCCCCUCCUGCUCUGUGCUAUGCUGGACCUGGAGAUGUGGCGUGUGAUGUCUGCACUGGGACCAGAAAGCAGAAAGCCCUCAUGUCCUGUCUGGCGUGUCUGGCCUCUUACUGUGAGACUCACCUCCAACCUCACUAUGAAUCUCCUGCUUUCAAGAAGCACAAGCUGGUCAAAGCCACGGCACAACUAGAGGAGAAGAUCUGCUCUCAUCAUGACAAACUGCUGGAGGUUUACUGUCGUACCGAUCAGCAGUGUAUCUGUCUGCUGUGUGUGAUGGAUGAACAUAAAGGCCAUGAUACAGUGUCAGCUGCAGCAGAGAGGACUGAGAAACAGAGGCAGCUGGGGAUGAGUCAGCAGAAGGUCCAGCAGAGAUUCCAGGAGAGAGAGAAGGAGCUGAAGGAGCUCCAACAGGCUGUGAAGUCUUUCAAGGUGAGUAUUGGUGACUAGAGGAGACACACCAUUUCACUUCUCCCCUCCAGUCAGAGAGAGAGAGAGAGGGGCCCCUAUCCAAUCCCACUGACCCCACUGUUGGGAACAGGCUGUCUGGACCCCUUUCAGAGAAUAGACUGGUUCAUGUAACCGACUGGGCUGCCUCAUCACAUAACCAUGAGUAACCAUGACGACUCAUGUCCCCUAUACAUUAAUAUGGAGCUCUUUCUCUCUCAAUUCAAUUCAAAGGUCUUUAUUGGCAUGGGAAACAUAUCUUUACUAUGCCAAAGCAAGUGAAGUAGAUAAUAAACAAUCAUGAAUGAACAGUAAACAUUAAACAACAAUAAUUUUCAAAUUAAUAGAGACAUUUCAAAUGUUAUAAUUCAAGUGCAAACAGAGUCGUGCCCCAGACUGAGUUCUGGAGGUGAAAUGGAAAUGAAUGAGGGAGAGUUCAGUGAGGUAGAAGGUGUGGAGAAGAGUUCAGAACCAGAGAAGUAUUUGGUCAUAUGAGAUUUGACUUCAGAAGAGUUCCAGGGGGUGUUGAGUGGUGGUGUCCCGUCCUCCCAGGUCGUUGUCAUGGUGUCUGCAUUGUAGUGGAAUGGGGUAGUGGGUUUUUAAUGAGUGUAGGGUUAGUUGGAAGGGUGUUACUUAGUAUUAUCAUCAUUAUAUUAUUAUUAGGCACAUGCGCUGAAUACAACAGGUGUUUUUGCCUUACAGUGAAAUGCUGAAUACAACAGGUGUUUUUACCUUAUACCUUUUACCUUAAAGUAACAAGUAAUUAAAGAGCAGCAGUAACAAUAGUGAGACUAAAAACAGACUAUAUACAGAUGGGAACCGGUACAGAGUCAAUGCACGGGGUCAUCGGUUAGUUGAGUUCAUAUCAAGACUUGUAUGUGUUGUGAUAUUGUUGUCAGGAUGUUGAAGAGAGGGAAAGAUUGAAGUGUCAUUGGGGUUGGACGGGGUUGGGGGAGUUUGGAAGGGAUU